AUGGCAAACAGAUUUCGCGAGGCAAAGACUGAACUGGAGAUCAUUCUGGGUCACAACUUCGUAAACGAAGACAUUCUUCGAGAAGCAUUAUGGGCUGCCGGGCCUGGUAGCGUUGGCCAUCGACUAUUUCCAGAGGGCAACAAACGACUGGCACUGGUGGGCGAUGCGGCUUUGAAGAUUGCCCUGGUCCAUCACUCCUAUACAAAGGGACGAUCUAGAGGAGAGGCCGACCAGACCACACAGUCAGCGCUUUGUAACACGAAGCUCAACAGUGUCGGUCGAGCAAAUGACCUUGGACAGUACAUCGUGCUACACAAUAUCAACAGCACAGUCACCAAGAAUGUCAUGGCCACCACAAUGGAGGCACUUUUCGGAGCAGUUUUUGAGGACUCAGGGAUGGAUCUGGAAGCAGUCCGACGAGGCAUGGUGGGAUUUGGCCUUCUAGAGUUAUGGGAACCGAGUUCAUCCGUAGGUGAUAAGUGA